AUGCCACCAUCAACGAGAAAAAAGCGCACUGCCGUGCUGAGCACAUUGGGCAAUGAUUGGGGAAGCACCGCCAUCCGACUCUUCUUUUACUAUAUCGAGGAGCAGCGGCUCGAGUGGGUGAACAACCGAGCCGCGUCGAACAAGUGCGACGAGACCCGGUACCACAACGGCUCAUGGAGUGGCUACAUCGACGUCUCGGGCAACGGGCCCGUCUACACCGGCGACGAUGUGCCCUCGGCCUUCCAGAUCCCGGCAAAGCUCAUCAUAGGCAAAGGCAAGGGCAUCGACAAGACGAACCCGCUGCUCGCCGUGAUGAAGAGGAACAAAGGCGACGCCGUCUUCAAGAGGCGGUGCGAGGAAGGCCCGGUGGCGGCCGUCAGGACGUUCGCGGCGCAGAUCGAGAUGCAUGUCCAGAGCAAGAACAAGCCCCUGGAGAUCGUCGAUUUCGGCCUGACGGUGCCCGCGCACUGGACGCUCGAUGAGAUGGAGAACUACGCCAAGGUGCUGAAGAGGGGCCUCCCGCGCUCGCUGCGGCAGGGCGACUCGCGGCUGCGCAACCUCUACUUCAUGACCGAGGUCGAGGCGUUUGCGCACUUCUUCUUCCACGACCCGGACCGCGUCGAGGAGGUGCUCGGCAACGUUGUCAAACACUUUGUCCUGUUUCUCGAUUUCGGGGGUCACAGCAUGAACGGCUGCAAUUUCUUCAUCAGAGGAGCCGACGGCAAGUUUGCCUUCAUCCGAGCCCAGGAACCCUUCGGUGUCGUUGGCGGCUCCGCGCAGUGGGAGGCCGCCGUCGGCGAGUUCUGCGCCAAAAACACGGUGUCGUCCAGCGGCGCCAUGUCCGAGGUCUCGGCAGAGAUCUAUAACAGGCUUCUCAAAAAGUUCCGAGAGGAGCUCAGAAUGCUUGUACGCGACGUCUUUAGCGACAUCGAGCUGCGCGCCAAGCAGCCCGAGGGACCCAACGGCGGCUCCGGCGACGUCUGGACGACCAUCAGCGCGAACCAGUCCGCCGCCUUCUUCAGAGAAGCCACCUCCGCGCCGCUGCACCUGGCCCAGAGCCAGAUAAAGGAGCUGGCCAGGCUCCAGCGCCGGUGCCCCGGUGUCGGUGCAAAGGUCAUCGUCUCGGGCGGCACCGCCAAGAACGAAACCGUACAAGGCGUGUUGAGGGACAUUUGUAUUGCUGCUGGCCUCGACGAGCCAGUCUUCGUUCAUGAUAAUAUGGGCAGUCACGAGUCGUUCAAUAUCGCGAGAGGCGCAGCCUUGGCCACAGCGGCCAAUAUGACACUGCUGCAGUUCAUGGAGAACGGCGCCGUCUUCGGCAUCCAGAUGCUUCAAGGUGAUAGAGCCAACACUGAGAAGUACUGGGACGACAAGGCAUCUAUCGUGCUGUCUGGAAAGGGUCGUGAGUGGAGAGAAGGGCAGCCGUAUGUCGUCACAGUAUCUGGUGCGGACCGGUUCAAGAUCAUAUGCGAGCCGCUGUCGGACAAGGCGUCUCGCAGGAAGUAUCUGGACUGCACGAACACGUACGACGUCCUCGACCUCCUCGUCCCCGAUCGAGGCGACUGGAUCUUCUCGCUCUCCAUGGCGCCCGGGGACGAGGGCCUGCUGCUGAAGAGAACAAAGGUCUCGGGGCCAGACCGCGAGACGCAAAAGCUCCAUCUCGAGAUGGAGUUCCGCCGCUCUCAGUUAUGCUUCCUGGUCAAUGCCGACGAUUCGAUCGAGUCCCUGCACAUGGGCCUCGGGGUCACGGCAGACGGGGAGUUGGUCGCCCUCACAGAAGAGUUGGAGCAGAGCCUGGAGCUGAAAAAGGAGCAGGCCAGGAGGGGGGCGGAAACUUCAGCCGCAGUCGGCCUUGGAGAUCCCUACGAUGAUUAUCAUAGACCACCCGCCCCCGCCGCUCGCCUUUCUCUGCGAAGAGCGCGGUCCCCCGAUGAGGCGGCCGAGGACGAGAGACCCAAGAAGCGCAGCGGCCGUUGGAAGCCACAGGGUCGACUGCCGGAACUCAAGCCCGCGCGCAGUCGUUACUUUGAGGAAUCUCAGGCGGGAGACUUGCAGGACGAAGGCGAGGAUCAAGACAGCUUCGGCUCCAGUGACGAGAGCUACCGUGAAGCCGAUACCUCCAGAGAUUCAUCUGCGAGCUUGGGGGCGCUUAGCUAG